AUGGGGAACUGGUCCGAACUUUGUAAUGACGUUCUAGGACUUAUUGUGGAUCAGUUUUCGGCAGUCGAAGAUGUUGUUCAUUUUGGUGCGGUUUGUAGGCCAUGGCGAUCAGUUUCAGUCAAGAAAUUGCAUUUCUCUACUAUUGCUGAUCCCUGGCUAAUGCUUGCAGAGAAGGAAGACAGUGACAGCCGUGGCUUCUAUAGUCUCUCCACCCAAAAGGUUUACCAAUUGAACUUGCCCGAGGCCCGCGGCAGGAAGUGUUGGUCGUCCUGCAGUUGGUUGAUAACUUUGGGGCUUGAUUUGGAGUUUCACUUAUUAAACCCCUUUUCUCGGGAACAAAUUCGGCUUCCACCUCAACCAACACUCCCUGGUCAAUACUCCCCUAAUGUAAGCCCAGAAAUUAUCCGUCGGGUUUUUAUACAGAAAGUGAUAUUGUCCUCAAGACCAUCUUGUUCUUCAGCUAAAACAAUCCCUUGUGAAGAUGAUGACAAAUGUGUGGUUAUGGCAAUAUGUUCUGAAUUCAGGAAAUUAGCCUUCUUGAGAUUGGGAGAUGAAGUUUGGACUCCUGUAGAGAGUGAUAAUGGUAUUUAUGAUGUCGUUUACUUCAAUGGUCAAUUCUAUGCCAUCACUUAUGGAGGGGAAUUGUUGAUUGUUGAUAUUUCCAGUCCUCAUCCAAAGACUAUUGAGUUUGCUAAACAUGGAGAGGGUAUAAACAUUGGUGGGUAUUUAUAUCUUGUGGAGUCGGUUGGAGAACUCUUUCUUGUUGCACAGGAAAUUUAUGUGGACUGUGCAUCCGCGACAAACAACAAUGGCAUUCAUGAAACAGAUGGUUUUGAUGUUUACAAGUUCAAUUUUGAUAACAGGAAAUGGACGCAGGUGAAGAACAGCCUAGACAAUCGUGCUCUGUUUGUGGGUUUUAACGACUCCUUCACCAUCUUCCCGUCUAAAAACCAUUUAGGAUGUGAACCCAAUUGUAUCUACUUCACUGAUAUCGACUUAUAUGGUCUUAUGAAAGAUGGAGCUGGUCAUGACAUGGGAGUGUUUCGGAUGGAUACUGAGGAAUUUGAUGAUCACUAUGUUGGCCCUGACAUCUUUACUCGUGUUUGUGCACCUCUUUGGAUUUGCCCUUCGAUCAAGGACUGUAUUAAAAAAAAAUACAAUACUAGAACUUUUCCAGUAGCAUCAUCUUCUAUUACAAGAGUGGAAGGUCAUCUAGGCAUCUAA